CAGCUUUUGAUUUUAAGAGGUUUGGAGCGGUUUGAAACGAUUUGUAGCGGUUUGUAUGAUUGUUUCGAAACGCUGUCAACCGCUACUAAUCGCAAAAGCUGCGUUUGCGGGUGGUAGCGGGAAAACCAAUCAAGCUCUAAGUUAUAUAUAAUCAGAAUGUUGUUUCAAAUGUUUCAAUGAAUAUAAUCAGACCCCGCAACCGCUGUUUCUUCGUUUCAGUUUAGUGUUGGCCAAUCUGGAACAACUAAUACGACGGUUUGAACGCCUAGGAACGUCACUCUUGCUGCCCCGCAAAAAUCGUUAUAUAUAAAACAAAGAAAGACUCAGCUUUGAGUAAGUUUAGUCUUUUGUUAGUGUCCACCAUAAUGUUUUAAGGUUUCUUUCUUAGUUUUGUUUAUUCUUGCUUCUAAUAUUUCAUUCCUUGCUGUUUGUCAGUCACAUGGAACAUGACAUGCACAUAUUCGCAGUUCCUAGCCCCCCAAAAAAAACUCCAACCUGUUGUGUCUCACUCUGGUCUUUUUACAAUCAAACUGUCUUACCAUGCUCAACUUGGUCGUCUGGUUUUCAAAACAAGUUUCAAGCUGGUACAUGUGUCGAGUUAGUUCCUAUUCUCUUAGGAACUCCAUAAUGGUUUUGUUUUAAUAUAUUUUAUUUCUGAGAAAAUAGCUUCGGUAGUACCAGCUCUUUCAGGGAAGAACAAACUUGAACCACUCUCGCAAGGACCGGUCAUAGACAUAACCAAGUGAAACAUUGGCCUAUACCUCUCUCAAUUUUUUUGAAAAAAGUUAGACAUAAACCUCCAAAUCUGUUUAAAUUUUUUUAUAGAAACUUUUACUAAAUUGUUUACAAUCCCCUAAAAUCUCACUACCAACUUGCAAUGUUGUCCCGUCUGAGUUCAUUGGCAUGUAAAACUAACUACAAAGAGUAAUGGCGAGUGAAGGUCAGCAUCACAAAACUUUAAGAACCACUCUCAGUGGAAAUUGGUCGUCAUGCAUCCCAACUUUGAACCGCUAAAUCAUUACGUAAGUGAGUCCAUAGCUGCUUAUGUUCCGUUUCUUUAUUCGCAUAUCUUUCUCUUGUUCGUAUUAUUAGCUCUUGGUAGGCUUCGGGUAAGUUCUAAGUAUGAAGAUAUAUGAUCAAAGCCUAUGACGUUUGGUGUGAAAACGGUAUCAAAUAUUGUUUCUAACCAACAAUUUAUAAUGUUAAUUUUAUUAGUACCCUUGAUCCCUUUAAGCAAAAAUUAAACGUGUAAUUAGAAUGUGAUAUGGAGGCCUUUUUAAAGUAACUGAAUUAAUCACCCUUAUUUUCCUUCCCACGCUUUCUCUAGAUAUUCAAUAUAUUCUCUAAAUCUUUCAUUAAUAUCUUUCCCAUUUUAUUUAUUAAAUUUCCUUACUGAUAAAUCCAGAAAAUAAGUACAAAAUCUUUGUUGACCUAGGUCGUCGUUACAUUUGGAUUUCUCUUCCUUUUUUACCUCUUAUUCUCUCCUUUUUGUCUGCUCCACAUCGGUCAGCUAUGACGACUAACCAAAACGGAAGAGAUGGAGACGAGAAUCCGGAGGAAGCCUUGCCGCCGUCUCCGUCUCAACAGCUUCUACGUGAAAGACUCAAAGCUUACGAGAAUAUGUAUGGCUCCUUGGAUGAUCAUUACUCAAGUAGAACCGGAUCUUCACAGUUUGCUCCUUUGUCAGAUUUGCGAGCCCUUGAAUCUGACUUUAGAAGAUUGGGUGUCUAUGAUUCAAACCCUCGCCAACAGCCGCUACGUGAUCAACGUGGUAGCAAUCAAUUUCCUUUGAAUGGUGGAGAUCGAGGUAUCAAUGAAUACUUUAACCCUUCGUAUUUUCACUCUCAAACUGAACAAGCACAGAUUAAUCUGGAGAGGAUGUGGUUUAGGAAGGAUAAUCUUGUUAAUGGGUAUCAUGCUUAUAAGUCAUCUAAUUAUGGUUCUUAUGGGCGUGGCAAUAGUGGUAUGUCGUUUCGUUCUCCGUACUUUGACCACUGUGAGGUUCCUUUCCCUCAAAGUAAUAAUCAUAAUUCUGGUAAUCAAAGCCGUUGGAGUUAUUCACACGGUUAUGUGCCUCGAACCCAUGAUCUAUUCAAUAUGAAUAACUCUAGGGCUACGGAUAACACACUGUCUCGUGCUAAAAACCGUGUGGAUUCUGUCGAGUUGCAAAACUUGAUCGCGGAAGGUUCAAGAGACACUAUUGAUCAGAUAUUUGAUGAGCUGAUAUCACAUGUUUGUGAGCUGAUGACUGAUCCUUUUGGCCAUCAAGUAUUUCAAAAGCUCAUGGAGAAAUGUACAAAUGAACAAAUCACUCGGGUUUUGGAAAUUUUCAUCCAACAACCUAAUCAGUUUGUGAGAAUUUGUGGCGAUAUGCAUGGAACGCGUGCAAUACAAGAUUUGAUCCGAUGUCUUAGUUCAGAAGAGCAAAUAUCCCACUUCAUGGUAACUAUAUGCCAUGCUGCAUUACUUCUGAGCAAGAGCACUAAUGCAAAUGAUGUGAUUAUGUUUUGCUUCAGCCAUUUUUCUCCUUCACAAACAAAUGGACUUCUUCAAAUGAUUGUUCAAAACUGUUAUCAAAUUGCAAUUGAUCAUUAUGGUUCUUGUCUACUUCAACAAUGCAUUGGAAAAUCCCGUCAAGAAAUAAGGGAGCCUUUGAUUAGAGAGAUAAUCGCUAAUGCUAUGAAUCUAUGUGUGAAUCGCUAUGGAAACUAUGUGGUCCAGUAUGUGUUGGAAUUGGAAAAUUUUCAAGUGGCAGCAACUCUGUCAAGAUAUCUCAGUGGGAAUUACGUGCAACUCUCUUGUGACAAGUUUGGAAGUCAUGCGGUGCAAAAAUGUUUAGAAAGUAGACAAUUCAACUCGAGGAUGAUCAUCAACGAGCUGCUUACUGACAUUGAUUCACUUCUUGUAAAUCCUUACGGAAACUAUGUAAUUCAGACUGCAUGGGUUGUAUCUCAGGUAACGAAAAUAAACAUGCUUUUAGAUCCAUUUUGUGUGAAAUCAUUAGCUUAUUUGUUUACUUUGUCUUGCAGAAUGAUAUGCGAAGUGAAUUGUUGUACCAUAUCAACAGGAAUCAUCCGUUGUUGAGGUGCAAUAGAUACGGGAGAAAAGUACUUGAAAAACUUAAUCUUUGGACAUAAGAGGGCAUGUUUGUGGAAUUAGAUGAGAACCACGCACGAUUAGUUAUUCAUGUUGGUGUUUUUUCUUUUUUCAUUUAGACGUUGACUCAAUAUUGCCGAUUCUCUUUUUAUUAUUAAAUGUUUUUAGGUAUGUGUUGUAGGUCUCAAAUCUCAAUAGCUAGAGUCUCUUAUCUCUUCAACCGUCAAACGUGCUUUUAGGUCCAAGAGUUUAUGUUGACUACUUUCUCUGAGUAAAAUCUCAUUUGUCUCAUGUUAAUUUUUAUAAUUUUUUUAUUUGUAAUAUGGACUUAAAGCUGGUGAUCUCAUUUAUUUAACUUUGUGGCCGAAGAGCUUUAUGAAUUUAGGAAGAGGACCUGCCCUAGCAUCUGGCAUUCCUUUGUUUUAGCUUGCGCAACAAAAUCAUGUUUUUAAAUAAAAGCCACAGGAUCAUAAGUAUACAUCAGAAUGCACAGAAUCAUCAUACUCAAUUGCUUUGUUCUGACUUUAAUUUUCAUCUCUAAGAUCAUGCCUUUCGUGUUCCUUAAGGCUAAUUGGUCCCUAAUUUAUGCUGCUUUUAUAUAAAGUAUAAUAUAACUACAUGUGGUACAGCUUGUUCCUUGUGGGAGCAAGGUCCUAGCGGGUUCUGAUGGGCAUCUUGUGUGGAGGCGGCACACACCUAAACAGUUUACUGGGAGACGACCAUCAGUUCAUACCUUGAAGACUAUAAUUUCGUGGAAGGUAUCUUGAUAGCUCAUUCUGGUAGAUCUGUGGGCCUGUGGCUACACUUUUAAGGUUUGGAGAUAUGUCAACGGGACAUAACACUUUGAACACACGAUGAAACAAGCAUGUGUGAUUGAUAAAAUUUGGUUCAAUGUCCCUUGCUUGUCAAUGGAUUGCUUUCCACCUUCUGAACUCAUAUUUGAAGACUUAUCUAUGGGCCACAAUCAAGACAUUGCAUGCAGGGUUCAGUAGACAGAAAAAUGGGUGAUGUUUAAUGGUUUAAGUAAAAAGCUUAUGAAGCAGGAGAUCGGUAAUGUGAUAAAUGAUUAAGAAACAAAGCCUAGAUUAUAAGCAGCCAAAAUGUUUUUUUUUUCUUUUUGCUUUGCACAACAUAACAGCCUAAUGUCAGAUUGAACCAACAAGUUGCAUGUAUGAUUAGGCCGGUUGGUUUGUGAAAUAAUCGGUUCAUAAAAAACCGGAUGAGAUAAACCGGGGUAGUUCAAUCUUGGUCUAGCAGAUAGUUCACCAACCAAGUUAAUCCUUCGUUAAUUCACAUUCAAAAUCUCUAACUCUAUUUAUUGAUUAUAUCUUGUUUGUGAAGAUCAGAUUAUGGUGCGCUCUGACUUCGCCGGGGUUGGUGUUGGAUUAGGGCUCGGUGUUGGCUGUGGAUUUGGCCUUGGUUGGGGUUUUGGAGGUUGCUUCACCACUUCUCUCUAAAUAUUUUUUACUUUAAAACAAGGGUGUAGAUUUCACUUAGCUGGACAUGAACUUAGUUCCAAAUAUUUUAAAAAAAAAAAAAAUCCAUGAAACUAAGAUAUAAAUAUCAUGUUCCUAAUCGGUUAAAGAUGGAUGUUAUGUUCAUGACAUGAGACCAAGGACAAUUCUUAGAAUAUUGUCAACAUAU